GACGAAAACUCGGAUUACACAUAUUUCUGCAGCAUCGUGGACAAUUUAUGUGAAUUUAUAGGUGAGGAGGACAUAAUAGACAUGGAUUGAAUAAAUAAGUGGAACUUGCCGUUAACUUGCACAGGAAGGGUCUUCAGCGUGUACGUUCUACUUUUUUCUUUCGUUUGCUACUCCCAUGUUUCGUACGCUGUGCAACCGCAGAGACAACGGAGAAAUUCACUCGUUUGCAAGGAUAAAGGAGGUUGUGGGCUGCAACAGCGUAAUUCUUGAAUACAAAACAUAUCUUGUGCUGUUUGUUGGUGAUGACGUGGGAAUUACGUGCAGAGAAGGAAGCUGGAUCAGAUUCUACGGGUAUUUGGAAGAUGGUGUUGUUCUUGGCGCUCUUUAUGUGUGUUUGGAUGGCAUGGAUAUAAACCUGGUGGAAAAGGCGGCCUGUUACGUGAAAAAGGCAGAAAAACACCUAUGGAUCACAGAGUGAGCACCAGUGAAAUGUUGGUGUGCACGGCACCGUGUAGAUCAUUGUAUUCGUUGAUUGUGGAUCUUUUGAUGAAAACGGCCGUCUACUGCGCAUCGCAAGCGUAGAAAAUGCGGAAAGAGUUCUGUAUCACCGGUCCAGUAGGCGCGGUUAAAACACCUUGUAGCUUCCCGAUAAUGAUCGCCUUCAGGAAACGGGCAGGUGACUGCAUGCCAAGAACAACCUGAUCGAUUGCUCGCACAACUUUUCACUAAAAGCAUUUUCUUUGCUAUCGCGCAUCAACACGCACAAUGUCGCCCUUCAAACGGUUCUACGGAAUAAACAGUGGCAUAUUUUAAGGGAAUGUGUUGCCAGCCGUGUGAGAGCCGCUUGUUAACGCGCG